UCCGCCCUCCCCGCCCGUCGACCCUUCCAGAAGCCGGCGGUAGACUCGUGCGGCUUGCUGUUCAGACACACUCCAGAUUUCCUUCGUAAAAACGCACUAUUUUAUCAUCUGAACACUUUUUAAGUGUUCCAAUCUCUUAGUCAAUAUGUCCUCUUUGGGGACAUUGGCUUUUGAUGAGUAUGGAAGGCCGUUCAUCAUCAUUAAAGACCAGGACACGAAGACACGGCUAUCGGGCAUUGACGCACUUAAGUCUCAUAUUAUGGCAGGCAAGGCAGUUGCGUCAACCCUGAAGACAUCUUUGGGACCAAAUGGUCUUGACAAGAUGAUGGUUGACAGGGAUGGAGAGGUGACUGUCACCAACGACGGAGCCACUAUUCUCAGUAUGAUGGAUGUGGACCAUCAGAUUGCCAAACUUAUGGUGGAACUCUCCAAGUCCCAGGAUGAUGAGAUCGGUGAUGGAACCACUGGAGUUGUUGUGCUGGCUGGGGCUCUGCUUGAGCAGGCUGAGCAACUGCUGGACCGUGGGAUCCACCCCAUCAGGAUCUCUGACGGUUACGACCAGGCCGCACGCGUUGCCAUCACGCAGCUUGACAAAAUUGCUGAAACCUUACUCUGCGAUCCCAACAACAUCGAACCGCUCAUUGAGACCGCCAUGACAACACUGGGAUCCAAGAUUAUCAACCGGUGUCACAGGCAGAUGGCAGAGAUCGCCGUGAAUGCCGUCCUCACUGUGGCCGACAUGGAGAGGAAGGACGUAGACUUUGAACUCAUCAAGAUGGAGGGCAAAGUGGGAGGCAAGCUGGAGGACACGCAGCUCAUCAAGGGAGUCAUUGUCGACAAGGAGUUCAGCCACCCUCAGAUGCCCAAGGUGCUGAAAGAUGUUAAAAUUGCCAUUCUUACCUGCCCGUUUGAGCCCCCUAAGCCAAAGACCAAGCAUAAGUUGGAUGUGACCUCAGUUGAAGACUACAAAGCUCUCCAGAAAUACGAAAAGGAAAAGUUUGCUGAGAUGAUCCAACAGAUCAAAAGCAAUGGAGCCAACUUGGCCAUCUGCCAGUGGGGCUUUGAUGAUGAAGCCAACCACCUUCUGCUGCAGAACGAGCUGCCAGCCGUGCGCUGGGUCGGAGGGCCUGAGAUCGAGUUGAUCGCUAUAGCCACAGGAGGCCGCAUCGUGCCGAGAUUCUCCGAGUUGACACCAGAGAAACUUGGCACAGCUGGUGUGGUGAAGGAGAUCUCCUUUGGGACGACAAAGGACCGCAUGUUGGUUAUCCAGGAGUGCAAAAACACCAGGGCCGUUACCAUUUUCAUCCGUGGAGGCAACAAGAUGAUCAUUGAAGAGGCCAAGCGCGCUCUCCAUGAUGCCCUGUGUGUAAUUCGUAAUCUGGUCAGAGACAACCGCAUUGUGUAUGGAGGCGGAGCUUCAGACAUUUCAUGUGCUCUGGCUGUCAACCUGGCUGCAGACGAGUGCCCAUCAUUGGAGCAGUAUGCCAUGAGGGCGUUUGCUGAUGCUCUGGAGGUAAUCCCAAUGGCGCUGGCAGAGAACAGCGGGUAUAACCCAAUCCAGACCAUGACGGAGGUCAGAGCCAGGCAGGUCAAAGAGAACAACCCCUUCCUCGGCAUCGACUGUCUGCGUAAAAACACCAACGACAUGAAGCACCAACAUGUGGUCGAGACCCUGAUUGGCAAGAAGCAGCAGAUCUCUCUGGCCACUCAGGUGGUCAAGAUGAUCCUGAAGAUCGACGACAUCCGAAGCCCGGGAGAGAUCGACGACUGAAGACUUCCUGGAACACUUAAAGAUUUCUGCGCUGCUCUCGAGGCUUUAGGCACUUCUCCCGAGCUCCAUGUCCAAACCGCACUGCAUAUUGCUAUUUAUCAUUUGAUACUAAAUGUUCAAGCUGUUGUAGUAUCAAAGUCUUCAUUAAAAUGUUGGUCCGUUUAAAUUUCAA